AGUGAGCCGAGAUCGCGCCAUUGCACGCCAGGCUGGGCGACAAAAGUGAAACUCCGUCUCAAAAAAGAAAAGAAAAGAAAAAUGUGCAAAGCAACAAAAAAGAGAGCUGGAGAGAUGGAAACAACUCUCCGAAGACCCUGGCAUAACCCGCGUGCGUCACGGGCCGCAAGGGUCUUCCCGUCCAGCGAGCCGCCGCCGGCGCCUGCGCACUGACCCGGCCCGCAGCCGGAAGCUCCGGGGUGAGACACUUUCGGAUUCUGUGGCAACGGCCGGAUUAAACCUUUUUCUUCUCCAUUACUGUUGAACCCACGCUGUGAUUUAGAACACAAGAAACCCCAAGAGGCUGAAGGGAUUGUCUUAGCUGUCUCCCUCCUCCGCCGGCACCGCCGAAGGCAGCCCCUAUUGAGGCCACUAAGCCUCGGGGUCCUGGGUUUCUAUGACGACAAACAGGCGUUCUAGGAAAGGGCGAAGUGACUGGAUGCCGGGUGGGAACGCAGUGUGUGGGUAGGAUCGUGGGUGUCCCUUUCCCGUCAUUUUAAAUCAAGAAACAGUGCGAGCCCUGCACAGCUCUCGAGUUUGUGGAACUGGCGCGCGAGCCCGCUGCCUGUGGGGAAGGUCGGGGUCCCCAGCCGAACUACUUGCGGAGAGUGGCGCCCGUUAGGGGUGCUGGCGGCCGCCGAGCGGGUCCUUCCCGCCCUCCUCCGUGACCCUGACCCUGACCCUGACCUGACGCGUCCGCUAAGGCUUCUUAAUCGCGUCACAUGACCCUAGAACAUAGCGGUCGCCCCGAAGAAGGAAAACCAUGCUAGAUGAAUUCUUAACUGCGAUCUGAACCUAAGUACUUAAUGGGUGUCGUCUUUUUUUUUCUUUUUUCCUCUGGCUGCAGGACUAUGUAACAGCCUGCAAGUCCCAGUGCAGCGCUGAUUUGUGUCUAAAUUAGCUUUCCAGAAGACUAUUUCGAAUUACUAAACAAAGUGAUAGGUGGCAGUGUUUAUUAUGUCUCUUCCGAAAACGCCCUCCAACCCGCUAAACUCUGCAUCGACAUCUGAGAGCAAAAAGUUAAAAGUAUCUGUAGCCAAGGAAGAGACCAGAGGACUUCCUGAGCUAAAGGAGAAAAAAAAUUUGGUGGAUCGUUCAAAACCCCUUCCUACUUCUCUUCAGAAUGACUUCAUUCCUGAAGAAGUUCUUCUUUCUCUGACCUAUUCGGCCAAUGCCGGUCCUUGUCCUGAAAACUUACUGCCUCCUAAGAAAAUUAAAACUCCGAAGGGCACUCUUCCCCGCCUUGUGGACCAUGUCUGGCAUCAUCCUGUUCGAAGGAAUAAAUUCAAAUACCUGAUUGACCAUCCUGUCUCCUUCACGGGAGCUGGAAGGGAUAUUUCUUUUCUGUAUAAUGUUACAUAUGCCAAAGGACAGACUAAGGAGAAAGCAGUUUGUCCCCCGCAUUUGGCCCCUUCAUUGCAGUCACACGAUGGUGUCAUGGUACCCCAUAAGCCAAAGAGACUAACAGAUACUUUGAUUCCUGAAGAAUUUCAUAUUGUGUCAAGUACAGGAGUUUCAGGUUUGGAGUAUUAUGAUGAGUGAGUACCAUGAUAUGUAAAGAAUACCUAGCUGGGCACGGUGACUUACACCUGUAAUUCCAGCACUUUGGGAGACCGAG